UGCGAUAGUUCUUUGCAUGAUAUUGCGUAUACGACAAUAAUAGAUACAGGAAUAACACAGAUCAUCCGAUAGCAUCAAAGCCGAGAACGUUGAUCCCUUAACUAUGAAAGUGCCCUUGUCCUUGAUGACAGACGCUCUUCUGAAGAUAAAAGAGGGGAAGGAGGCAUAGCGAUGGUAAAGGGAAUCUCGAAGCAUAAAUUGAGCGGCCCAAUGGCGAAAAUGUCUGACGAUCGAACGGCGAACCCGCCGCCAAUGCAGCCGGUCAUCCUGUCCAUGGAAGUGGAUGAUGACGAUUCAUUUGAGAGCGAAUACCGACUGCGAAUAGGAAAUCAAGUCAAAUAUCUCACCAUCUCUCCUGGAACCUUUGACAGAGAUACGCUUUCAUUCCCUAUUCAGUCCCUGCCCCGUCUUCCUUACAACGAGGAAUGGACCGUAGCCCACAUCUCGAGAGACGAAACCAGUGGCGACUUGAAAACUUCCAUCUCGAACCGAACACUAGCUGGCGUCAGGUGUCCAUGGCAUCAUACUCGGGUUGAUUGCCUAGAGUUGGAGAAGACCAAACAGCUCACGGUAAUGGUUUUCGAAGCUGUCUCACAUUCAGUUCUUCCAAUUACCCUCAUAUCAACUGCCACCAUAAUUGCCAAAAUAGCCCGUUUCGAGUGGGAGCUGCCUCGUAUCGAACAGGAAACAAGAGCAUAUCAGUUGCUUGAGGGUUCCGGACUGGCCCCGCGCUUUCUUGGUCAUAUCCACGAGAAUGGACGCAUCAUGGGCUUUCUCAUAGAGAAAAUAGAGGGACGCUCUGCCUCCUUCCAAGAUCUGAGCAUCUGCGAAACAGCUCUAGGGAAACUCCACAAACUGGGACUUAUACAUGGGGAUGUGAACCGAUACAACUUUCUCGUCACGGAAGAGGGGGUAAAACUACUCGACUUUGAACGCCUUCUGGAGAAUGCCAGCCCCAAGUCAAUGCGUAAGGAGUUGGAGCAUCUACGUGCCGAAUUAGUUGACGAGUCAGGACGCGGCGGAGGUUUCAUUUUCCACGGCGAUAACAAUUGAUACUGUCUGAUUUAACGAGCUUAGUUGCUUGCCUACGGUAAGCCCCUAAUACUCGCCCCUGCGGGGGGCUAUCCCGCUAUUCAUGGGGGGGGG